AUGGAAAAUUUAAGGUCAAUUAUUAUAAUAUAAAUUUGCAUGAUAAAUUUGCAUGAAUGGCUAAAUAUACUGUUAAAUAAACAUUGCUUUUUGUCUUAUUUCCUCUGCAUUAAGUAUAAAAAUCUUUCCCACGCUACGCAUUAUUCCAACAUCUCAGAGCCAGAGCAGAGUGUAUUGUUUUUUUUUAUCUACCAUUUAUCUUAAAAUUUUGAUGUUUGGAGUACCCUGUAAUACCAUCGACCGUGAGGUCAUAUAGAUAUAAAAAAUAAAUGAAUCAUCAUUAAUGGUAAUGGUUUAUAUAAUUUUAGAAGUAUUACUCUAACAUUUCAUAAUGGUAAUCGAUCAACUUAUAAAACUAAACAACCAAACUGCAGGCAGAGAUAAAAUUGCCAGGCUGCUGCAGUACUUGAGUAGGUUUGUAUGGCACAAUUUGCAGAAAACUCAAAAACAUGGUGUAGUAAGUCUGAAAAAUUUGGAAUUUCAGUUGAGUACUUUCAGGAAAUUACUCAGAUUUGGAAGAUUUGCCGAAAGUAUAUAUACAACAUUACCAUUCUUCGAGCAGGAUGAAGCCACUAUACGCUAUACUGUGAUUUUAAGCAAAAUUGCCAAUUCGUUGUUUCUUUUGGCUGACCACAUACUAUGGUUAGGACGUGCAGACGUGUGUACAGUGGACACGGAGAGAUGGUCACGUCUAUCCAACAAGUAUUGGUUAUAUUCCAUAACUAUGAAUUUAGUUAGAGAUUUCUAUGAAAUUUCUAAUAUUUUAAAAAGUAAUAAGGACUCAAUUUUACAAAAUAAAUUCAGUUCAAAGGAAAUGCUACAUAUUUUGUUACGAAGCUUUUAUAUUCUUAGUAAUCAUCAAGAUGUUAUGAUAGAUACUAUCAAAAAUGGCUGUGACUUUUUUAUUCCUUUCACAUCAUUAGGUCAUACAAAAUUAUCACCAGGGAUUAUUGGUUUACUAGGGGCUGUCUCUUCUAUUGCUGGAUUGCUAGUCUUACUACAACCUUCUAAAAAACUCAUUCCUUCUUAAUAUCGUUAAAGUUAUUAGGUGACAGUCCAUUUUUAUUUUGUAAUAAAAAUUAUACAAUGAAUGUUAAGGUUUGGGUCAGAAUUAUUAAAGACUUCGUUUUGUACAACUAUAUAAAACGAAAGAUUUUUGGUAAAAAUGGUAUGAAAUAUUUAUAAAGGCAAAGGUAUAAUUUAUUUAUUGAAAAUCCAAAAAGGUGCAUUUUUGGAAUCAUUGUUUAUAAUGAUAAAAACGAUAGUGAGUUACUUGCAUGACAAAUUGUCUUAUUUGUAGGAAGGUUGAAUUAUUUGCUGGCUGACUAUAAUACUUUUAAAACAAUAACAAUACAGAGAAGAAGAAAGGUCCCAGAUACAAAAUUCAUUAUUAAAAUAAAAUAACAAAUAAUGAUUUAAAUCUGGUACCUUUCUUGGAACCGUUUUCUGGUGACAUCAUUUAUCUCUGACUUUUACAAUUUAUAAGCCAAGCGACGACUAAUAAAGAGAACCGAAAAGGAUUCUACAAUAUGCAAUCAUAUUUCGUCUUACUCGUCUAGGAAAAGGUCAGAAAGAUAGUUCCAAUACUCAACAUCUGAGUAAACAUUUUGUCAUGUUGUGUAUAACACCUUGCCAGCAUAACUCUCAAGUCUAAUUCCAGUUCUCUUGUACAAAGUACCUUUCUCGUUUUAUUGGUCAUUAAUAGUGACUGUUAACCUCCGAUCUUCAAACAAUAUUCUUUUAACUUUUUGGACAAUUUCGUCAGUAACUGAAGAGAUGGAGGGAGAGUUGAUGCGUAAGGCAGUGUUGCCAGAUUUCUUCCAGCACAUCGCAGUCUUUCUCGGCGGCAGAAGGAAGCAUUAUUUACGAAUGACCCUCGUAUAGGUUUAGAUCACAAGGGGGAUUAUUCCAGUGAAUUAUAGUUGUAAAAAAGUUCACAAUCAAAGCCAUAAAAUACCAUAUCUUAUAAUUUUAUAUUUUAUUUAUUUAAAAAUUGUUAAAGAUAUUUAUUUAUGGUGAAUUACUUACUUUUCGUAGCUGUUAACUUCAUUUUCACAUUAGCUUUAAUUUGAACGUUUUUAUAUUUGUUACCAAUAUACCUACCUGUUACAACGCUCCUACAACUAGUCCUGGAAUCUGCUUUGCUCGUACUGAAAAACAUCACUUUCCGGUCCUUUAACGUAAAUUAGGCAUAAACGAUCUUGUAACUGUUGCAAAUAAAAAAUAGUCAAGAAAAAGACAGUUUAUGCUUCCUUUCGAUUCAAAGGGAUGCAAAAUCCCUAGACAGCUGUUUCUGUCUUAGAGACUUCUUCAGUAGAGCUAGCGUGCACACAUCUGAAGCAAAACGAAGCAGAACCAUCUAUUUAUGUGGAAUUUUAAAAAUCGUUUAAAAUCCACUUUGGGGCGCAAUCGGCGACAUCUCUUAAAUAAAAACGAAAAGUCUCAGAUACAGAAUCCACCAUUAUAAUAAAAAUUAAAAUGGUAAAUAUUAUUUAAAUCUGAAAACUUUUCUUGUUGGAAAUUAUUUCUGGUACAUCCUUAAUAUGUGACUUUUACAAUUUAUAAGACAACAGACGACGAAUAUAGAAAACGAAAAGGACUCUACCAUAUGCAGCCACAUUCAGUUUUCAUUCGUCUUUUCUAUCUUUACUGCAUAUGGUAGAGUCCCUUUCGUUUUAUAUAUUCGUCGUCUGUUGUCUUAUAACUUGUAAAAGUCACAGAUUAAGGUGGUAUGACACAAUUUUAAAAUUUAUAUAAUUUUUAGUUACCGUCACUAUUUCAAAACCAAUUUUCAACUUGUGGGCAUGUACGUGAACUGUAAACUUUCUAGUUUAAUAGUAUCUAGUUAAAUUUCCAAAGAAAGCAGUAAUUUUUUUAUAACUGGACUUAAAGGAACCCAUGUCAUAACUUACUUGGUAUCCUGCCCUAAAAAUUGGAUUUAUGUAAUAAUUUUUCGGUACAAAAUAACUACCAUAGAUGAUUAACUAUGCAAUAAGCUUUAUUUUAAGCAAACGUUCAUUAUUCAUACUGCCAUAAUUUUUAAAUUAACUGUACCUAAAGAUGAAAAUUAUACUUAAAAGCUGCAAUCUAGGGAUUUUGUUGAUACAACCGUAACAAGUUUGCAUUGUUCUAGUGAUAAAUUAGUUCGGCUAUCACUUAAUAGAUGAGAAACUGAGUUCACGUGUCAUUUAGUAGAUGGCAGCAGUGACGUAUUAAAUGGCGACAGAUGCGCGUUUGCCGGAUGUUAAAAAAUCUGCAAAACAUUGAAAACAAGUUUUGUAACCAUGGAAAUACGAAUCACGUGGUUUUGUUUAGAAAAGUGGCCCCUCCCCCUGCCAGUAAACAUUUUGGACUUUGAGUUUCAAUCAUGAUUGUAACCCCUCUGUGGCUCAGUGGUAAGAACGCCUACCUUUGGACCUAAAGGUCGUGAGUUCGAAUCUCACCUUGGUGGUGAAUUUUUCAUUUAUUAAAAAUUAAUAAAUGAAAAUAGUUUCUCUCCUUGUGGGAUCGGUACUCACCGGAGGGACCGCAGACGUUCGGAUACAAUUAGCGUUUCUUUGCAAAAACAAUGAGUUCGACUUUGCUAAGUAACAAGACAUUUACCCAACACACACUACACAUUACACUCAUAUGUAUACCUUGGAACAGUCGUCAACUCGAAAUGGGAUCAAACAACCGAAAUACGAUCUAGAAUUGAAAAGGCCAGAGCAACAUUUAACAACAUGAGAAAUAUAUUCAUCAAAUUCGACAUAUCUAUCCCACUAAAAAUACGGCUGCUAAAAUGAUAUCUUUCCGGUCUUGUGUAUGGAGCAGAGGCCUGGACAAUAACGGAAACAUUAAUACAAAAGCUAGAGGAAUUCGAAAUGUGGGUGUACCGACCUAUCCUCAAAAUAUCCUGGACGACUCACACUACCAACGUAGAGGUAUUGCGCCGAGGGGAAAACAAAAAUAAGAAAUGUCUUUCACAAUUAAGAAACUGAAACCUGAAUACCUCGAUCAUAUUAUGAGACAUGAUAAAUAUCGUAUACUGCCACUGACAAUACAGAGUAAAAUAGAGAGCAAACGUGGACCCAGAAGAAGAAGACACUCAUGGCUUCAAAACUUACGACAAUGGUUUGGACUAACGUGCCAAUGUCCGCAACGGACGAGGCACAUGAAGAAGAAGAAUAAUAAUUUAAAAUGAGAUAUUCUUCUUCGUCUCACUCUGCUUAUUCUUCUUCUCCCUGGUCCUCUCUUCCCAAUACCUUGCCCUGAAGAAUGAGUAGCGGCAAUCUCUGUUCAUUCCUCAUAACAUGGCCAAGAUAUUCUACUUUGCGCUCUUGUGAUAAUAAUGUGUGUUAAUAAUCUCGCAUUUCUUGCCCAUUGCCCAUUCUACGUAAGACCUCAACAUUAGGCACACGACCCAUCCACGAAAUUCUUAAAAUGCGACUGUAAUACCACAUCUCGAAUGCCUUGAGUUUUCUUAAAGAAGCUUCGGAAAGAGUCCAGGCUUCUACUCCGUACAAUAAUCUAGAAAAUACAUAGGAUCUGAUAUUAGGUUUGUUCUAGCAAACAGUCAAACUAGCCAGAAGCCGUCAGCAAACACUUGGUCAGUAAGAGAACAUAAUACAGUCACCAGUGCUAUCUCCUCUACUCGCGCUGGUCUGCUAUUCGCUGAUGGUUUCAAACCGUUUGAAACUGAUGCUAGAACAAACCUAAUAGAAAUUUUGUUACCAAGUGGUAAACGAGAUUUCUGAAACGAGACAUCAUUAUGAACGCUGAUCUCGCUUUUCCUAUGUGUUGUUUUAUUUCACUAGAGUGGUCCCAUUGACUGUUUAUGUAGGUACCGAGGUAUACUACAUUCGCUCUCGCGAGAUUUUUUUUUACACGUUCGGAAUAGGAAACAUACAACACAAAAAUUCCUACCUCACACUAUUAACUGCUAAAAUCAACUCAAAUCAACUUAAUCUUUCAUUAAAAAAAGAAGAAUUAUUAGAAAUAGUGGGAGUGUCUACUAUCUCAUAAAAUUUUGUGAAGUUUAUUUCUACAAAAUAUUUUUAUUUUGUACAAUAAAUAAUUGUCUCAUUUGUUAUCAAUACAUUAUAAUGGUGCAAAUAAAUAAUUAUUGAUUGGCGUAAGGUUUAUGUUAUUUUUAUGUCUGUUUACUAUUAAUAAUAUUGGAUAUGAGCAGGUGCGUUGGCUUUGUAGUAAUUUCCAGUCACUUCUGACAACUGAACUUUUCAAAAAAGAAAUUACUAACGUCAGUGUCAAAGUGAAUCUCGGUAGAGCGAAUUCAGUAUAUGUGUAGCUGUCCACUCUGUCAAUUGGUUGUUGGUUAACCAAAAGCUGUGUAUGUAAUAUAUUUCGCUCUUACUAACUACCAUUACUUUCUUUUUUUCGUAUUGAAAUUAAGUCCAUGUUCACUACUUAUAUCUUAUAUGCGCGACAUUAUUCUUUGCAAAUCAUCUAGGCCUAGGCUAUCUGCAAAAACUACUGCGUUGUCGGCAUAUCUAAUGUUGUUUAGAUCUAUCCUCUAAUCCAGUUUCCUCCAAGAUGGUUUAUGAGUAUGAGCUUAUCAUGUUGUACUCUAUCAAAUGCCUUUUUGUAGUCGAUAAAACAAAUAUAUAGGUACGUCACAGUUGACAUAUCUUCACCUCUGCAUAAGCACUUGGACAGUCAAUAGAGCCUCUCGGGUGCCUAAUGGCAAGGCAUUGCGGAAUCCAAUCUUUGUCCAUGAUACUUGUUCUUCGCAUUUUUUAUAUAUUCUGCUGUAUAUCACUCUUAAAAAUGUUUUAAGUAAGUGGUUCAUUAGGCUAAUUAUUAUUCUGCCUCGCAUGUUGAAAUGAGAAAUGAAAUGAAUGUGAAAUUUUAUGAGGAAAAAACUUCCCCUGUUGAAAAAACAUUCAAUAUGAAAAAAGUUAUUGUAGUGACGCUGUUUUUCAAUUGACUUACGUAUUUUACAUUUAUUAAAAAUACUAAUUUUAUACUCAAUCUUCAUUCUGAGAAUUAGCAUAAUUCUUUUUUGGUCAUUUAGAUAGGCACUUACUUGUAUUUCAAAUAAUUGCAAAUUUCUUUAGUUUGAAAUAAAUCCUUUUGAGCAGGUAAAGAAUUACGAAUUGCCGUCUGUAAAUACAAUAUUAAAUAAUAAACUAUUUCCAAAUGAAUGAACGUUUAGUAUCUAUUAAUGAGAAUUUACCCUAGGUAGGUAAAGAAAGGAUUUCGUUUGUAAAUACAAAGUACGAUUGAGAGCGAGCUGUGCCGAGCUUAAGUUGCAAUACGUGGCAUCAAUGUCGUUCAGAGAACUAAAUUUAAUAAUAAAAUAUAUGUACGUGCUGCCAUCUAUUCAAAGAAUUGUUAAACGUUAGUUUACAAAUUCGCCACCUGUUUUGACCGUAGCGUGCUAAUACCCCCUUAAGGAUGUACCAGAAAGAAUUUUUAACAGGAAAAGUUUCAGAUUUAAAUAAUUAUUUACCAUUUUAAUUUUUAUUAUAAUGGUGGAUUCUGUAUCUAAGCCUUUUCGUUUUUAUUUAAGAGAUGUCGCUGAUUGCGUCCCAAAGUGGAUUUUAAACGAUUUUUAAAAUUCCACAUAAAUAGAUGGUUUGGCUUCGUUUUGCUUCAGAUGUGUGCACGCAAAUAGAUGGUUCGGCUUCGUUUUGCUUCAGAUGUGUGCACGCUAGCUCUACUGAGGAAGUCUGUAAGACAGAAACAGCUGUCUAGGGAUUGUGCAUCCCUCUGAAUUGAAAGGAAGCAUAAACUGUCUUUUUCUUUUCUGUCUUUACUCAGAUUUGAGUAAUAAGAACUUUCGUUCUGACCUUUUCCUAAACGAAUGAAUACGGAAUGUGACUGCAUAUGGUAGAGUCCUUUUCGUUUUCUAUAUUCGUCGUCUGUUGUCUUAUAACUUGUAAAAGUCACAGAUUAAGGAUGUGCCAGAAAGAAUUUCCAACAAGAAAAGUUUUCAGAUUUAAAUAAUUAUUUACCAGUUUAAUUUUUAUUAGAAUGUAGAUUCUGUAUCUGAGACUCUUCGUUUUUAUAAAAAAUAGUCGUUUAUUCACUUCAUAUAUUAAAAGAUAAAAGGAAGAGCUCAAUGUUACUAUAAAUAUAAUUAUUCAAAAAAUGUCAUUAAGGAAGAAAAUGUUUGAUGUUGUUUGUUUCUAAAACUACAUUUAUUUAUUAUAAGUUUUUAAACCAUUUGCUAUUCGUUUACAAGUUUAUAAGCAGUUACAUAUUUAUAUAAUUUAUAAUAAUUGUUCUAAUUUACUAGUUCUAAAUAUGUUUGGUGUCUUGUGAUAUAUGAAACGACAUUAAUAUAUUAUUAUUUAAAAAAUAAAGAUAUAUUGCAUA